GGCAAUUGCUGGUAGAAUACGGCACAGUUUAGCGGGGCCUGGUCAUAUGAUUAUUUGUAUAUUUAUCGAUCGGCACCGCUCGCUUUUGGGUUGAUAAGCCCUCCCUUCGCUCGCAGCCUACCUCCCAACAUUUAACUUUUUAAAACGAAUAUCAUCACGCAAUGGCUUCACCUGAUAGAAUUCCGUCCCCCCAAACAACACUAGUGCCCUUCAUCUCGGCUGAAGAUGCAUCCACGAUGGCGUAUCCGACCUGCGCCCUCCCUGGUGCUCGUGAUGUGGAAACCUUCUAUGGAAGUAUGCGAGUCUAUGAAUGGGGACCGCUUGAUGGGGAAAAGGUCUUGUUCGUUCAUGGAGAUGCCACCCCUUGCCUCGUGUUUUCUAAGAUUGCCCAAGGGCUAGUGGAUUCGGGACACCGAGUAAUGCUUUUUGAUCUCUGGGGUCGGGGAUAUAGCGAUACGCCACUCGGCUGUAGGCAUGAUGUUCGUUUAUUCGCAUCCCAAAUACUUUUGGCCCUCGGGUCGUCGCCUCUCUCUUGGGCGGGAAGCGGCAACUUCUCAAUAAUUUCAUUUUCCUUAGGUGCACCUAUCUCCCUGGCAUUUGUAGGUGCUUUCCCCCAAUCAAUUAGGUCGCUGGUCUUCCUCGGUCCAGCAGGUCUCAUCCGCAGAUUGCCAGAUGGCUACGAAGACCAGCUAAUGCAUCGGCCCGAACUUGCCCUAUCGCAAGAAGCCCUCCGUGAGAAAGUCCGGCAAAUCCUUGGUGUAUCCCCUUCUAACACGGCUUUGAAUAUCCGGUUGAAUCCGGAAAGCGUGAUCUCAGCUAAGAAGGGACCGCCUCGCGUAGAAAAGACUUUCGACAUGGGAGGCGUCCUCCAGUGGCAAUUUGACUAUCAUCAAGGUCACAUCCAUUCGUUCCAAGACACUGUCCGGUACGGCCCGCUGCAGAACAGAGAGGAUUUGUGGAGAACGGCUUGCGACAUCAUUGCCGGUCGGACACGACCAGAUAGCGCUCUACAUAAGUCUAGGCUGCUUGUCUUCUUUGGCCAAUCUGAUGAUGUUGUUGUGGGAACGGAAACGACUGAGGAUAUCCUCAAGUUGUUACCUUCUAGUCAUCUGGAGGUUGAGUAUCUGCCGGGGGGGCAUGGCUUCCCUUAUCCGAACAGUGAGAAGAUUACUCAGAAGAUUAUCUCCUUUUGGGGUUCCAGGCAUCCCGUGUUGUAGAUCUAGGGGAGAACAUAUCAAGACUGGGUUGUUCGAUCAAUUUGGAUAUAUGUUACUCCUAUUUAAAAACUGAACUGGCAAGUUAGUGAUCUUCACUGAGUAUUAUCUUUCUCGCUGGUGGACUUAAAUCUUAGGGCAAUUCGGUGUUGAAUACGCAGUGUGUAGUUCAACGCGACACAUUACCGACCCCAUGGGUCGGCUUCCGACUUCGUACACUUUUUUCUGGGUGCUGCUAUGGAAGAUGACAUUUGGGCUGGUGUAGGGUGCAUCGUUACAUCCGCCAUUCGUGCCACAUUGAUAGGUAAACCUCAUUUACUGUACAGUAUCUUCAAAUCUUACUCCUAUCCCCCGUGGGACACGGAGAAACUCAAGUCCAGUUCGUAUGGGUGGCUGCAGAUUCAGUGGGACCAAGCCAGGAAUUUGAUGUCUUCGUGUGGAUACGGAUGUAGCUAUUUGCCUUGGGGUUAUAAAUAGGAGUCGUGCAACCUAUAGUAGAACCGCCUCCAGCAAUUUAUUGUCCUUGAUACCUACCUAGGUACUUAUGGGACGAAUGACAACAUAAGAAGGAAUUAUAACU